ACGAGCUGCAUACAAUGGUGGAAGAGCCAGAAAGGGCGUGGUCACGCGAAGCUCUUAGCGAGGGAUUAGGGUAUUGGGGCAGGGCUAGCGUGGGAGCGCCGAGGCUGCUUUACCGCCGGAGCUCUGUUUUUUACCAGAUCUCGAGCGAUCACUCCUCUGGUAGGCGCUGGAUCGAGAAAUGGCUCCGAUCGGCUGCUUGCGCAUCGAAAGUACUCUAUGAGUCUCACAUUGCCCGGAUUCUUGGGGCCUUGAUCCUGGGGAGAUUUUGAUGGGACAUGGCAAUGCUGGUGCGCUGGAGCUUGAAAAGCAGGCAGGAUUUUGAGGAAGAUAGUUCUCGACGCUUUUAGGACAGGUGUAAUCUUGCAGCCAUGGACGAUGUUGCGAUCAUUCGGGAGAUUUUGGCGGUCACCCAUGUACCAGUUGUAGCGCAGUUGCAGUGGGAGAAACUGCAAAGUCUUUUGCGAUCUGUCUGCGAUCGACUCACAGCUCAUACAGCACGGCUUGAGAAAGCUGAGGAGCUCGCCAAAAAUUUUCAAGCUUUCAAGGAGGAGAUUUACGAAGUCUGUAAAAACACGGCUAAAGAGUGUAAAGAUUUCACCGAGGUCGAGGUCCAAAAGCAGGCUGAGAAGCUCGAUACACAUGUUAAAGUCACUGGAGAUCGUAUCAACGCUGUUCAAAAAGGGAUGGAAGAAAAUUCUGUAAACGUCAAGACAGUGACUGGGGAUUUGGCAGAAUUGAAGGCAGCCGUCGAGUCUGUUCCCAAAAGAGUUGAAGAUUUAGAGGGAGGAAUCCAGAACCUGACUGCGGUCAGUUCAGAGCUGCAAACCAAAGUCAAGGAGCAGGACGAAACAAUAAGGAAACAGGGUGAAAACUUCCAGUCACAGUUUGAGCAGCAUGUAGUGGAAACGACGGGGGCAGUGCGAGUUAUGACAGAAGAAAUAGAGUCUUUACAAGCUGAUGUUCUGGACCACAGUGGAAGGCUGCAAAGUUUGGAAAAUCAAGGAGAUGACCUCAAAAUACAACUUCAGCAAACCGCCUCAAAUCAUGCUGCUGAGCUAGAAGCACUCAACAAAUACUGCCAAGCACUUCGUGUGGAUCUUGAUACGAAACUUGUAGCUCCCCCGGAGCUCAAACCAGGCCAGCGGCGUCCGAGUGCCAUCGUGGCAGACCUUGGAACCGCUGUUACCGAUCUUCAAAACCGCCUGCAAGCAAAAGCUGAUGUUGUUGCUCUAGAAACGCUGACUCAAACCAACAAAGAGUCUCUUCAAAGAGUGGCACAAAUGAUUGAGGAUCUUCGGCAUCAACAAAGGAGAGGCUCUGCUUCAGGUCCUCCACCCAAUCGUAGGUCGUCAAAGUUAUCAAGUUUGCUAGCUGGAGGCACAAAGGGCAUGGUGACGGACUAUGUUGCGGACGAAGUCCGUGACGCUUUGAAAAAUCACGACAGACUGCUAGAAGAGAUUCAUAGGGACAUGGGAUAUCUUGGAAGGACCGUGCUUAUCAUGUCUGGUCAUGACCAGCGGUUUGCUCCAGAACAAAAGCCCGUAGAAGUGUCUGCCGCUCCACCUGGAACUGCUGGCUUUCCUUCAGGUGCAGUUGCAGGAGCACCGGGAGCUUCUGGACCUUUGGGAGCGCCAGGCCCUCCAGGCGCUCCAGGGGCUCCAGGUGUUCCGGCAGCCUCAGGCGUUCCAGGAGCUCCAGGUGCACCAGAAACUUUUUCUGAUCAGAAACCUCAAGAUCCUGAAGCAGCCUACGAGGACAUGUUUUUUGCUUUUGAGAAAGCAUUAAGAGAGAAUCAAAUACAAGUGAAAGAAGAUACAACACAAAUGAAGGAGUUGCAGAUCCUAGUUGACGGUAUGAAAGAGACAAAAGCAGAAAAGAAAGAUAUGCAGAAAAUAGCUCGGAUUGUUCGUGAGUUCAUGGAGCAACCAGAGCAUGCGGUGUUUAGUGGAAAGCCGCUAAUGGGUUUCAAAUGCAUGUCCUGUGACCAGGACAUCCAAAAACUGAACCCACUUCGGGCUGAUUAUUUGCCACAUAACGCAAUGCCGAAGCAAGUGCUUCCUAUGAUGUCGGCGGAACGAAUUUUUACUCCGAAUGGUGGAAGUCCUCGAUCAGCUCGAAUCACCCAACGAAAUUCCAACAGCAGCCCGUACUCGGCGAAGCUUCCUCGCAGAUCGUUUUCAGCCGGACAAGCGAAUCGAAUGAGCAGGCCUUUAUAGUAACCUGCAGGUGAACCGAUUGAUUAGGUCUCGAACGAGCUGGACCUAUCACUGUGCGCUGCGCCUUUAGUCGUUUCAUACAGUCAUGGACGAAGACGCAGUACCAUCGUCUCUGGAGGAGGCUGUGAGAAUAGACCCGGCAACACUACGUCAAAACAAGUACGUUUCAGAGGAAACACUCAAGAGUAUAUCCUCUCACAAAGGUAUCGUUGGGACAAUCUUGACCGACAGCCUUGGAAUCCCCAUCAAGAGCUCCAUGGACCACGCCACAACGACACAGGUUCGCUCUUUUGAUAAUUCCCACGUCUCAAGCCCCGUACACAGACAGGUACUUAUUCGUGCAGUACGCAAGAUACGUCGCUCUGAUCGUGAUGAAAUCUAAGAACUUGGCGGCCGAUAUCGAACCAACUGACACCAUGAUGUUGGUGAGAGUGAGAACGAAAUUACACGAGCUCAUUGUUGUCCCCAGCGAAGACUACUACAUUAUAAUCGUCCAGAAAGUGGUAGUGGGCGACGAGCACCAGCACCAUCAACACCACCACCAGCGCCAAUAGCAAUAAUAAGAAAGAAGCGAAUCUGGAAGAGAAUAUUCUACCAUUCACAGGGCCCUGUUAAAAUUUUGCUACCGCGUAAUAGGGUUAGGGCAGGGAUUCUCCACAGGUGAGCGCGCCGGAUCGACGAAUGCGGCAGGAUGUCGCAAUGUGGCAGCGCUGGAGCUG